AUGAAACUUUCUGAAUAUAUUGAAAAUGAUACAAAUUUAUUCAUUGAUGAAUGUAAACCAACAUCAUGUUUACCCAAUAAUCAUCAUUCGUCUAUUCAACGUCAUAGUUUACAAGAGAAAAAUCUUCCAUGUUCAAUAGAUAAUAAAUCAUUACCAUCUUCUGAAUAUAUUUAUACAGAAUUUGUUAAAGCUAUUGGAAAUAAUGAAUUUAUUGAAGAGAAACGUUUGCUUAAACGAGCUAGUUGGGGUCCAAAUGAGCAACAAGCAUAUGGUUUACCACCAACUGGUAAAAGAACAUUUGGUGAACCUACAGCAUUAAAUAAAAAUUUUAAUCGAGUACGUAUGAGAUCAAAAGCAACAAGAAAUUAUCAAUUGCAACAACCAAAUCAAAUAAUUCAUGAACGACCUUAUUCAUUUAAUGACAAAUAUGAUCAUAUUUUAAUUGAUAAACUUUCAAAUCAAACAUUGAAUCGAAAUGGAAUUUUGUUAAAUGAACAACGUGAUUCAUCACCAACUCCAUCAUCAUCUUCAAUGGACUCAGUAUUACAAAUUAAAACACGUGCAUCACCUUCAUUUGAUAAUAGUGAUUUUAUAAGUGAUACAUCUACUGCAUCAUCAAUGACAACAGUAACAUCUUUAGGCUCAAAUUUCUCUUCACGACGAAGAAGUCCUAUUUAUGAUCAUAUUAUUUCAUUAAAAACACGUCCAUUAAUAAGUGAAUAUCAACAAAAAGACUUAAAUCAUAUCGAUUACAAAUUUUUAUCACCAAUAUUAAAUACAAACACCACUCCUUUAUCGUCUCCGGUUUCCUCUUUAUCAUCAUCAUCAUCAAUUUCGUCCACCUAUUUUACUUCUUCAAAAGGUCAUGAAGAGUCGUCGCCAUCGUCGUCUCCCAUAGGGUCAUCUUUAAAUCAAUAUACAAAGUUUACUUUACAAACACCAACUACUGAUUCAUCUCGAGACAACGAUGGUCAUUCAACAACAACAAAUGGUAUAAUGAAUAUGUCAAUGUCGCUUAAUCGUUAUAAUAAUCAAACACAUUCGCCAAAUUCUAUCAUCACAUCAAACUCUGCUAUGACAAAUAAUCAUGAUGGAUUAAAACAACAACGAGAACAAACAAGUUUGAAAACUAUUUAUGGUAGUUGUUUAAAAUCACACAAAAAAGAUAUUAAUAAUAAUAAUAAUAAUAAUAAUAAUAAUCAAAUAAAAAAAUCCGUUCAUUUUGGUUGGCAUUUGCCUAAAGAGAUUCGAUCAACAUCACCAUCAACACAUUGUAAUUAUCUACCAUCGGUCACAGUUACGUCUUCAUCUUCGUCUACAGGGAAUAGUAAUAGUGAUAAUGACAUACAAACGAAGAAAAAUUAUGGUGAGAAAGUAGAAGAAAAAGAAAAAAUUGAAACAACGAGAAGGACAAUCAACACGGCUACUCCAUUGUCCACAAACACAAUUCAUCGUUCUUUUUCUCUCUCGCCAUCACCACUAGUGAAAGAAGAGAAUAACGAUAGGCGAAGACACAGACAAGAAAAAAAAGAAAAUGUCGAUGAACUAAAGUGUACUACUAGUGGACGAGUAACAACUGCUGCAACUCACUUUCAUUGCGCUACUAAAGCCGCUACAGUCACUUUCAAUGACGGCAACCAAAAUAUCUCGUCAACAAAAGAGCCAAAUGGCACGAACAAUUUUAGUACAAGUGGAAAUUUAACGCAUUCAUCAGCUGAUAAGCAGAUGCCUUUGAAUACUUUACUUGUUAAAAAUUCCAUAAAUAAUCCACAAACAACAACAAAAAAGUUUACUAGUACUGGAGGAUUUUUUAAUUUUAUUAAUCGAUCAAAUAAUAGUAAUAAUCAUUCAUCAUCUAAUAACGAAAAUAAACAAUUAAAACGUUCAUCAUCUAUUCAACAAAAGUCUAAACAACAUAAAACACAUGGUAAUAAACGUCUUAGUGCUGAUAUUGAUACACUUCGGUCUCCUUUAAUAUCUUCAAACAACGCACCGAAUGGAGAUGUCGACAAGGUUACGAUGAAUUACCAAGAAGAACGACAAUCGACGACAGAUAACAAUACUCAUUUUCAUUAUUCUUGUAAUACCAAUUCAUCUACCCCGCUGUGUACAAAUACUAAAAUGAAUAGAAGUUCAACAUCAAUGUCAAUGAAUCCUACAACGAUAACUGUAAAAUCGGAUGAAGGAGAUUCAUUGAAUAAUGGUCUUCUAUUUCAACCUGUUCAAUCUAUUGAAAAAGAACCUUUCUUUCUUUCUCCACCAAAAUCAUUAUCGAAUAAUGACGAAUCUUCAUCAUCUAUUGGUAAAAUGAUGCAAACAUCGACACUUAUUAUAUCUACACCACCACAAUAUCAUUAUUAUCUUUAUCCACCAACAUCAAUAUCAAAAAAAAAUUUAACAACAAAUCGUUCUAUAUCAAAUGUUAGUAUGAAUAGUAUAAGUACAAAUUCAUCAUCAUCAAAUGCAUCAUAUGAAUCUCAAGCACAUGAUUUUGAUGAGGAUACAUUAUCAUAUUCGACAUAUUCAAUAAAUAAUCAAAAACAUAUUCGUCAAUUAAAAUCAUCUUCAAAUACAAAACCUGUUAUACUUUCGGAUAGUGUUCAAGCUUUUUGGCCACCACCACCAUCAUCAUCUAUAUUGAAAAAUAUCCCCGAGCAAACAAUAAUGGCAUCAACUGUCGAACAAAACAAACAUUCCAAUUCAAGCAGUCAUAAACACAAGCAAUCUCAAUCGAGUAUAAUACAAAAUAAUGUUAUUAGUUCGACCUAUAAUGAUGAGUCAUCAUCAAUAAGCAAUGGUAAUCAAACAGAUGUUUUACCACCUACAACAUCAUUAAUAUUAAAUAACAAACAUGAAGUUCGAUCUUAUGCCGAACAAAAUUCAUUUCCUAAUGGUUGCUUACGAAUAGCAAGUGAUACUUCUCUUGAAGAUACUCAAGCAUCAUAUAGUGAACGUUUACGUGAAAAAUCUCGUUCAAUAAAAACAACAAAUCGAUUGGGAACAAUGAAUAUUAAUAAUAACAAUAAUAAUUUAUUAUCUCGAUCAAGAUCAAAAGAUACUCUUGAUAAUCAAUAUGAAAAUUCUAAUUCAAUAAAUAAAAAUCUCUUAAGACCAAAAUCAGCUAAUCAAGUACGUGUACAAGCAUUACUUUCACCUACUCGUCAUGAAAUAUUAGAUGAUUUUCAAUCAAAACGACAAUUUUUUGAAAAUCGUACUUAUACAGAUUAUACUCCAGCAUCAACAAAUAACAAAACUUAUGCUUUAUCACCAUCCAAUACAAUAUCAAAUAACAAUUAUCAACGUUCUGAAACAAAGUAA